ACACACACAGCGAGCGGGCGGGCAGGAGGUGGUUCUGCCGGUCUCCUCUUCCUGCUGCAGCCAGCCCAGCGUGCGGGCCAUGGGCCCUGCUGACGGGUGAGGCAGCCGCUGGGCAGGCAUGUUCGGAAGCCCAGGGCCUGGGAGCCUGGGAGCCCAGGGCAUGGCGGGACCCCUGCGGGGCCGGGUGGAGGAGCUGAAGCGGCCGUGGUGGCGGGAGAGCUCACCGCUGGUGCUGCGGCACAGCGAGGCGGCCCGGCUGGCGGCCGACGCCCUCCUGGAGCGGGGUGAGGCUGCCUACCUGCGGGUCAUCUCCGAGGAGCGGGAGCUGCCCUUCCUGAGCGCCCUGGAUGUGGACUACAUGACCAGCCAUGUGCGCGGGGGCCCUGACCUCAGCGAGGCCCAGGGGCAGGAGGCCUCGGGGCCAGACCGCCUCAGUCUGCUCUCCGAAGUCACCUCAGGCACUUACUUCCCCAUGGCCUCUGACAUAGACCCCCCGGACCUGGACCUGGGCUGGCCCGAGGUGCCACAGGCCACGGGCUUCAGCCCCACCCAGGCCGUGGUCCACUUCCAGAGGGACAAGGCCAAGAACAUCAAGGACUUGCUGCGCUUCCUCUUCAGCCAGGCCCGCACGGUAGUGGCUGUGGUGAUGGACAUAUUCACUGACAUGGAGCUUCUGUGUGACCUCAUGGAGGCCUCGAGCCGGCGUGGUGUCCCUGUGUACCUGCUCCUGGCCCAGGAGCACCUGAGGCACUUCCUGGAGAUGUGUUACAAGAUGGACCUCAAUGGGGGGCACCUGCCGAACAUGCGUGUGCGGAGCAUGUGUGGGGACACAUAUUGCAGCAAGGCUGGCCGCCGCUUCACGGGGCAGGCCCUGGAGAAGUUCGUCCUCAUCGACUGUGAGCAGGUGGUGGCAGGCAGCUACAGCUUCACCUGGCUUUGCAACCAGGCCCACACUAGCAUGGUGCUGCAGCUCAGGGGCCGCAUCGUGGAAGACUUUGACCGGGAGUUCCGCUGCCUGUACGCCGAAUCGCGGCCUGUGGAAGGCUUCUGCAGCGGUGAGGACCCGCUGUCUCCCCGGGCACUGCGUCCUCCCCCCGUGGCCCUAGCCUUCAGGCCUGGCAUCCCAAGCCCCACAUCGUCCCCGCCCUCCAGCACCAGCCUCAGCAGCAUCAAGCGGUCACCACUUACGGGUCUCUCCUCCUGCCUCGCUCUACCAGGAGGUGGUGAUUGCAGUGACAUGGGCAUGGGGUCCUCGUCUCUGGGUCCCGCCCGCCAUGAGGCCCAUGGCCAGCCCUCCCUGCAUCGCCAACUGUCAGACCCUAACCAUGGCUCCCCUCCUGGGCUCUAUAGGGCCAACCUGGGCAAGCUAGGAUCAUACCCGUGGUCCCAGUCCUCCCCUGCCCUCAACCAUAAUAGUGCCAGCCCCUUGACCUUGGCAGUGGGGUCCCCUCUGCUUCCUCGCUCCCGGCCCCUCCUCCAGUUCCAUUGGGGUGUCCCAGCUAUGUCCCGGUUCCCAGAGAAUGGGCUCCCAGGAAGCCAAGAGCCCAGCCCCCUGCGGGGUCGAUGGGUACCUGGCACAGCCCUGGAGACAGUGGAGGAGAAGGAGAAGAAGGCAUCUCCAAGUCAGAGCCGUGGCCAGCUGGAUCUCCUUGUCCCCUUCCCCAGAGCCCGAGAAGUGAGAGACCCUGACUCUGGGGUUACCCCCAACUCAAGCCCCCUUCGGGCUGGCGAGCAGGCCCCAGAGGACAGGAGGUUGUCCCCAAGCCAGGCCAACAGCCAGCUGGAUCUUCUGUCCCGAGCCCUGGGUACUGGUGGUGCCCCUGAGUCAGGUUCCCUCAGACCUGGUGAUCGGGCCCUGGAGGACAGGAGGAUGUCCCUAAACCAUAGCCAUGGCCAAUCAGACCUCCUGGUGCAGUACCCCAAGGCCCAGGGCUCCAGAGUGCCCCUUGAAACCAACUCCUCAGUCAGACCUGCCAGACAGGGUCCAGAUGAGCGGCGACAGACCCUGGGACACAGCCAGCUGGACCUCAUCACAAAGUUCGGCCCAUUCCGGGGUGAGGGGCCUGGGCCUAAUGGUCUUCCAAUACCAAGCCCUGCUCGCACGACUGGAGUGGGGUCUGGGGAUGAGAAACGGCUAACCCUGGGCCACAGCAAGCUGGACCUCAUCACCAAGUAUCAUCAGUUGCAAGGUGCCAGGCAGGCACCCGAGCCUGGGGCUCCCAAGGGUGGCCAUCUCAACGGUGGUAACAGUGACCUGGUCAGGGAUGAGAAACGGCUGACCCUGGGUCACAGCAAACUGGACCUCAUCACUAAGUACAACAAGUCCAAGUUCAAGCAGCUCCGAAGCCGAUUUGAGUCCUAGCCAAAGGACUGGCGUGGG